GCGCUCAAGUUCGAGAACGCGGCCGCCGGUAACAAGCCAGAAGCAGUAGAAGUAACAUUUGCAGAUUUCGAUGGAGUCCUCUAUCAUAUUUCAAAUCCUAAUGGAGACAAAACAAAAGUGAUGGUCAGUAUUUCUUUGAAAUUCUACAAGGAACUUCAGGCACAUGGUGCUGAUGAGUUAUUAAAGAGGGUGUACGGGAGCUUCUUGGUAAAUCCCGAAUCAGGAUACAAUGUCUCUUUGCUAUAUGACCUUGAAAAUCUGCCGGCAUCCAAGGAUUCCAUUGUGCAUCAAGCUGGCAUGUUGAAACGAAAUUGCUUUGCCUCUGUCUUUGAGAAAUAUUUCCAGUUCCAAGAAGAGGGCAAGGAAGGCGAGAACAGGGCAGUUAUCCAUUACAGGGAUGAUGAGACCAUGUACGUUGAAUCUAAAAAGGACAGAGUCACAGUAGUCUUCAGCACAGUGUUUAAGGAUGAUGACGACGUGGUCAUUGGAAAAGUGUUUAUGCAGGAGUUCAAAGAAGGCCGCAGAGCCAGUCACACAGCCCCGCAGGUCCUCUUCAGCCACAGGGAACCGCCUUUGGAGCUGAAGGACACCGACGCUGCCGUGGGCGACAACAUUGGCUACAUUACCUUUGUGCUGUUCCCUCGCCACACCAACGCCAGUGCUCGAGACAACACCAUCAACCUGAUCCACACGUUCCGGGACUAUCUGCACUACCACAUCAAGUGCUCUAAGGCCUAUAUCCACACACGUAUGCGGGCGAAAACAUCUGACUUCCUCAAGGUGCUGAACCGUGCACGUCCAGAUGCCGAGAAAAAAGAAAUGAAAACAAUCACGGGGAAGACGUUUUCAUCCCGCUAACUCUCAGGAACAGGAAGAGGAGGCGGCUGGCAGCUGAAGGCGGGAACACUUGCUGCUGGAUAAUCGUAGCUUCUCAACGUUGCCCCUCUUCAGGUUCUUAAGGGAUUCUCUGUUUUGGUUCCAUUUUGUACACGUUUGGAAAAUAAUCUGCAGAAACGAGCUGUGCUUGCAAGGACUUCAUAGUUCUCAAGAAUUAAAAAAAGAAAAAAAGGAAAAAAAAAAAAAA